AUGGCGGAUAUCGAAACUCAACGACGGCAUGGCAUUCUUUUUCAAUUCUUGAAACUUCUUGUGACCGAAGAGAAUCUUGAUUAUGCCAGACUCGGAUAUCGCCUUCUUCAUGACUUGGACUUCCGGCUGGAGCACUACAUCCACAUCUAUGACAUUGCGAUGGAUGCUCGUAACGAUAUCGCUGAAGCAGGAUUAUUGAUGGAGAAGAUCGAUAGGAUGGUGAGGGAUGCGAGAGUCGAAGAUGGAGAUACGGGCACAUAA